AAUCAUUGGUUUCAGUUGCAAUCACAGAACAGUAAUAGUUGCAAUUCAGAUUUAAAGUUUUAAACAUGGUUUGCGAUGACACUUUACGAAUUAAAAACCUUUCAAACGACCUUUCGAAUUCAGAAAAGGAAGAAUUCCUUCGCCACUUUGGCGCUAGUCAAGUCAAAAUACUAACCUCUCACGCUAAACAGAAAUCAACAGCUUAUGCCAAGUUUACCUCAAAAGAAGUUGCGAAAAGUGUAAUGUUGCGUUUACAUCAGGUCUCCAUUCUAAACUCGAGACUCUGUAUUGAGUUUGCAGAUCAGGAUCCAACAGAAAACAAGGUACGGCAAAAGCCAAUUAGAACCUCCGAGCCGGUCAACACAACACACUUCAAAUCAUUUUUGAAUCGAUUAAACGCGCUGAACAGCUCCGUAUCGUUCAACCAGCCUCCUCCGCCCCACCUAAAGUAUGCAUAUCCACAACCGAAUCGUGCCACAAUCAACAACAUUGCGCACGCUUUGCUCUCUGUGCCGAAAUUUUACACGCAAGUUCUACAUCUCAUGAAUCGAAUGAAUCUACCCCCUCCAUUUUCCGAUGUUCCAGACCCGCCGCAGACCGUCCAGCGAGUCGCACAACCGUCUCAACAACCUACACAAUUGAAAACCGACAGUUCAGAGUCCGAACUCGAAAGUGACCCGGAAACCAGUAACAUCAAGGAGAUAAUCCCCCAAAAGCGAAAGAUGACCCAGAAGAAGGCGGUGAAACGUCCGAAGUUUAUAAAGCCGCCCAGCUUAAUCGAGAAGCAGGCGCGGCUGAUUGAUAAUAAAACCGAGGAUGUCUUCGAGAAGGUCGACAUGCAAGUCCAAAAGAAAAUUGAAGUGAAAGUAUCCGCGGAUAGUUUGGAGAAUAAAACUGUUCCUAUUACGGAAGAUGUUGGCUCGAUCGGUAUUAUGGAACCGAUUACAAAGUCACCUCCACUGGUGGAGGAUGUAAGCGAAACAACCAACAACGUUAGCUCUGUGAUUAGUGACGAAGAUCUUAGUUUGAAUAAAAUACCAGAUAAGGAAUUGAGUGUGCUGGCGGUGUUUAAAAAUUAUCACCCGGGUGCGCCGACAUGCAGGUUGUAUAUUAAGAACAUUGCAAAAACGGUCGAGGUUAAGGAUUUAGAGUUUAUAUUUAGACGGUACAUCGAAAGUAAUAGCGAUGAAGAUCAUCCAAGUCAGUUUGACAUAAGGUUAAUGCAGGAAGGUAAAAUGAAGGGCCAGGCGUUUAUUACACUUGACUCUGUGCAAAUGGCACAAAGAGCUUUGAAAGAGACUAACGGAUAUGUCUUGAAAGAGAAGCCGUUGGUUGUUGUAUUUGCUCGAUCUGCUGUGCCUAAGAAGCAAUAGUUAGGGUAGUUUUCUGUUAGAAUUUACAUAAAAUACAAAA